CCUUGAGCUCCAGAUUGCCAAUUGAAACACAGCAGUGUUCGAGGUUUACUUUCUUGUUCUAAACCUCUACCUUCGAGGUCACUCUGAAAUGGCAUCUUCCUCUAUGGCGGGUCAAGCAGGAUGUCUGCUGUUUGGAAUGCUGCUGUUAGCAUUCUAUGGAAGUCUUGUCCUGGGAUCUGAUCCCGACAUCGUCACCGAUUUUGGUAUCAAUGUAACAUCGGGAGCAGAUCUCCACUUCACAGGCUUCCGAGAUCUACCAGAACAACCCACGGGACAAGUACACAUCACGUUCGCUUUCGACACAGAAUUCCCCGGCGUGAUCGGUAUGGGAAUCGCACCUGCACUUUUGAAAUUUGGUACGGACUCAGUCAACUCGUUCCACACACAUCCUCGGGGCGCUGAGAUUUUCGUCAUCCUAGAUGGAGAGCUUGAUGCUGGAAUUGUUGACACAGCCAACAACCUGUACACUGCAACGCUCAAGAAAGGAGAUGUGUUCGUGUUCCCCAUGGGUUUAAUGCACUACCAGAUCAACCGAAGCAAGACGAAGACAGCCACUGUCCUUGCAGCUUUCGCCAGCCAGAACGCAGGACGUGUCAGCCUCCCUCCCAACAUGUUCAACACCGAGCCCCGCAUUGAGACCGACAUCAUAAUGAAGUCUCUCUUCUUGGAUAAGAAGACCGUCGAGCGCUUGAAAGCUUCUGACUUUCCCACCUUCGCAUGAUGAUACUCAGAACUAACGGUUUCCAGCCUCAGAACUGUCCACUUAUAGUCGUUCUACCAUAUACAGACAUACAUAAAUAACUACUAUUAAUUCUGAACUGAGGAUUACACUGCACGAAGAGAUUCCAUGAUUAUGCUGGUUCUAAGGCAUGGAAGGGAUUAGAGGAAUAAUUCCUCGACUGCAGCAAGUUGCAUUUGUAAUUUUGAACUUUUGGAUACCAGUCCAUCUGAUCAAUAUAUAACCAGUUUUGGGUUUGUGACCCCUGAAUUGUGAUAUGUGUGUAGUACUUAGUCGAAACAUGUCGCUGUGGUAGAACAGAAAAUCUUCCUUUCACUUCCUUAC